AUAAAACCUAUAUGUAGUGGAAAUCAUACAAAAGAAUUUGUGAUUUAUGUGUAUCACACAAAAGAAUUUGUACUUUCCAAGAAAGUACACAAAAGCACACAUAUGUGCUAUAAAUCACACAAAAAACCCGUGUCUUUUAAAUUACACAAAAGAGUAUGUGAUUUAUGUAUAUUAGACAAAACAAUUCGUAUUUUCCAAGAAAAUUACACAAAAGGACACGUCCACACUAUAAAUUACACAUAUAAUCCGUUUCUUCUGGAGAUUUCACAAAAGAUUAAUUGUUCAACACCUGCAUCCCAUAAAUAACACAUAAUAAUCCGUUUUUCCAGAAAUUUCACCAAAGAAUAUGUAACGCACACCUGCAUCCAUAAAUUACACAUAAAAUUUCGUAUUUUGUCCAGAUAUCCCGAUUUUUCCAGCAAUUUCACAAAAUAAUAUGUCUUUAACACCUGCAUACAAUAAAUUACACAUAAGAAUGUGUGUUUUCCAAUAAUUAAAUAAAGGUCCACAUGUUUCAAAAGCAUAGACUGAGUAGAUAUCAUGCAGUGUGCAAAGCAGUUAUAUACCAAAAGUACAUUAUUUUUUUUAACCAACCAAUUGUGAUGUCAAGUAAUAAAAUACGCAGGUGGUUGUAGAAAAAAUACGGUAAAAAAUUCUGAAAAAAUCCUUUCAAAAAGUGCAGUGACACGAUAAUACAUCCGACGACUAUAUUGAAACCAAGAAAAGUAUUUUGCUCAAGUUUUCAGAAAAUCAGACUAUACAAAAUCACCAUGAAAAGGAUCUCACCAUUUUUUGUUUUGUUUUGUUUCUUUACGCAGAUAUGAAAGACCGAAGAUACAUCAAUUUUUUUUCGAAAUGGAGAGUGAUUAUUGGAAACGUGCGUACAAUCCUUUGUGAUAAUAGUGACAAUAUAAGGAAUUUAAAUUUUAUUAAGGUUACUCCUGAAAAGCAAGACGAAAACAAUAAGUCUUCGAACGCAUUGUAUUCCAUGUUCGCUUGAUGUAAAAAGCGGAAGUACCUGCAGCGAACAUUUAGCUACACAAUAAAAUGUAGACUAAAGAAAUUUUUUCCUUGGCUUGUACCCGUCGAAAAGGUAGAUCUUUCGGUAACUAUAAAUUAGACCUGAUAGCAUUGAAGAUUGCGUGAUGUUCUAUAGACUGAAAAGAACCCUGCGCAACUGUUGUUUCACAUCAUUUAUGUGGACGAGACAGAGGUCUAGAAAAUUUCUUAUGAAAUUUUUGACCACCUCGGUAACAGUGUCGAUGAACGAAUUUCGAAAGCUUACCGGUUACUGUCAUAAGAACAGUAUAGUAAGGCAGGUACCGAUGUCUCAGUGUAGUAUAUAGCAAUUUUUAAACGUUAAAAACAACAUACUUGUAACUUGUCAUCCUGAUGAGAUAUCCCGGAUAUCCCAUCUUUUGGUAUCAAGCAGUGCGCUACGCUUGGCAUACAACAUGUACGUUGAGCGAAGUGCCGUAUUAGCGCGUGAUCGUUUAGGUAGGUGUUUUUGUGAUAAUUUUAAAAGUUUGUGACAUGUGCGUGUGUGUGUGAAUCCGUUUUUUGUUUUUGUUAAUUUUUUUUACAAUUGUAACAUUUUUGUUUCUUAAAUUUUAUAGUUCGCGUAGAGGCUUCAUCGUCAAGUCCUGCAGGUUACUCGCCUGCAUAUGAAGACGGCGAGGAAAUACCGGCCUGCGAACCUUGGUCCGAGAAUGAGGAGGUUCAUCGCAAUGAGCUUGUGAAUGAAGAUGAACCACCAAUGCGUUGGAAAGAUCAUGAGGAGGAAGACCUCAUGUAUGCAGAUCUCGGAUCAAAUAGUAGUGGGAUAUUCACCGCAGAUGCUGUUCAAAUAAAAGACAACGUGAAUUUAAUGGCAUUGGCUGAUGUAGCUGUCGCGGAGCGAUUGCGUCACAUGCAAGCGGCUGAGGAAUCCAUCGAUGAAGAUUCUUCAGAUGAUGAAGAAAUUCGAGCAGCAGUGCAACCGGAACCUUGGCGACCGUGGCAAGAGCCAAAAACUCUACAGGUUGGUGCUAGGCGACACCUUCAGCAACAUCGACACCAAAACCAGCAGCAGGAACAGCAAUAAAAUCAACCACAGCAACACCAAUAAGAUGCUCUGGGAAUUCCAGUAGUUACGCUGAAUAUCUCAGUUCAAAAAAAUCUGCACAUCUUAAUAAAUUACUCCGAGCACGAGGGAGAGGAAUUAAUUAUAGCCGUUGACAAGCCUUCGUCAAGCCCGCAAUGAGCAGGAUGAGGAGAAGGAGGAUCGACGACGAAAAAAAAGAGUCUAGGCCAUCGACUUCAAAAAGACCUCGACUCUAAAUUAUAUGUGAAAUAAAAAAA